AUGAAUAACAAUUUCAACAUAAAUGUUCAGGUGGACAAUGCGUUCCUCAGUGAACACGAGGUUGAGGUGAAUGGUUAUUUCGCGAAAUUGUACACGGGGGAAAUUACAGUGGACACGAUGAUAGAUAUCAUGAAGAGCCUGUCAUGUUCUCCCAAAGGGUCCAAAAAUAAUGAUGUGUAUAAAUCAAUGUUAUUAAUUCUGUUUAAUGAGUGUAGGUUCUUCCCAAAAUAUCCGUCAGAAGAACUGGACACCACUGCACAGCUAUUUGGCAAGUUAGUAAAGCACAACUUAUUGCUAUCCUAUGGCAAUACCUUGGCUGUUGCUUUGAAGUGCAUUCUGGAAGCUUUCAAUAAAGGAAAUGAUUCUAAAAUGUUCAAUUUUGGAAUUACAGCUUUGGAACAAUUUGAAGAUUCUCUAAUUUGUUACCCUAGUUUUUUGUCUUCCUUGAUAGCCGUUACUACCUUAAGGCAGUACAACCCGCAAUACGUCAUUCAUUGCAGCAAUUUAUUGAACACCCUUCCAGAGCACUUUAGAAGUUUACCUUACAUAGAUGCGUCUACAAUAUUAAAAAUAAAGCACCUCGCCGAAAUUGGUGCAAACAGUAGCACAACAGAUGCGCAUAUAUCUCAGGCGUCUAAUGAUGACGUCAAAAAUAUAUCAACCCAUAAUACAAACAAUUUGAAGAAUGUAAAUAAUUUAAUUUCCUCCAUGGGAAUAACCAUGGCUACUAGCGGUCCUGUUGACAAUGCAACUGUAAGUAACAUCCUCACGGGUGGCAGCACCUCUACCAGUAACAAUAAUAAUAGCGCUAUUGCCAACGCGCUAAACAAUAUGCUCAAGGGGAAUAGCGCCAACAUAACGAAUGACAGUGUGCUAUCCUACAUCAGUGACAUCUUACCAAGCAACUCAAGCCUUGUGCAGCAACACCCGCAUCUGCAAUCCAAUCCGCACACCCUAGCUAGUACUGACCAUGCUUUUAAAAAUAAAAACAUAAAUGAUAACCUAAACGGUAACUUCAAUGUAAGCAUAAACAGCUUCUCCUCCCCUGUGAAGAACCAGAACAUCUCUACCAAUGUGAACCUACUAAACGGUGAUAAGGCAAGCACCCCUUUUAGUGCCAUGAAUCAGUUAUAUGCCAACCGGUCCUACGUAUCUCCAAAUGGAAGCAACCCAAUUAACCAAAUUUUAACCACCCAAGGUAACCCGUUCAACCUUGGGGGUAGGGAAAUUGUAUCCCUCAGUAAUGCUUCCAUUCUCAGCGAACAUGCAGGAGGAGAAAUCGGAAUGAGCAAUGUGGUCGAUGGUUCCAAAUAUGCCAACACACCCGAAGGGAUCAAACACCCGAAUGUUAACCUGCAUGGUGAUAAAGGUGAUGGCACCAGCAUGAGCAUUGGCAAAAACCUCUUAAGUGAGAACCCGCUCAGCAGCAGGGACAAAGAGGAGCAGCUCUGCCAAAUAAUAGAAUCGUUCUACGAUCGAGUGCAGGUUAAGCUACCACCCAAUUUGAGUCUAAGCAACAUUGGGGGGUUCGGAUUAGGCCAAAUAGAAUGCCUAAUGGACAACACCGAUUUAACGAAGAAUAUUAUUGUACCAUCGCCCCUAAUAAUAGGCGAAGUGUUUAGCAUUUUCAACACCCUCUGCUCAUUCAAUAUUGAUGAGAAAAUAAAAAUAUUAAAAGAAGUCAUGCAACCAGAGCACUACAAUUGGCUAGCCUUUUACAUUGUCAAAUCCAGGGCCUCCAAGGAAGUAAACCUCCAUGAAGUUUUCCUCGAAUUUAUUGAUAAACUAAGCUAUCCUAUGCUUAUCGACACCAUCAUCAAUAUGACGUACGAUUGCAUACUCAUCCUGUUCAAAUAUAUAAACGAAUUGAAAGAAGUUAGUGCAUUUAAAACAGUCCUAAAAAAUUUAGGCUCCUGGUUAGGGUUCAUAACCCUAGGCAGAAAUAGACCCCUAAAAUCGAAAAUCUUAGAUUUAAAGUUAGUUCUAUUUGAAGCGUAUGAAAAAGAAUGCCUAGUUUGCAUACUACCAAUGGUAUGCAGAAUUUUAGAAUCCAUAAAACUGUCUAAAAAUUUUAAGCCCCCCAAUCCGUGGACCACAACUAUGCUAUGCUUACUAACAGAAAUUCAUGAACUCCCAAAUGUGAAAACCUACACAAUAUUUGAGGUAGAAAUUCUGUUUAAAAAUCUCGCCUUAGAUAUUCAUUCCUUUCAGAAUAAGACUACCUUAUUGAGCAAGCGAAGUGUCUCACAGAAUAGGAAAAGUGAGUUGCUCAUGCAGAAAGGUGAUAACAACAGUCAGGAUAAUAGCACCUCCUUACCUGUAAGUGAGGACCUGAAGAAUCUCCCACGCAGGGAAGGCCUAACAACUCUUAUUAAUAGUCAUAUAGGUAGGGUAGAAGGUGGAUUGACUCUAAACCCCAGUCUGGAAGAGUUGCAAAAUGCUGCAAAUAUUACCGCCAGGGAUGUACCAAGUAGUGUGACAAAUAAUGCGCUACCGAACGCCAGGUUCAUCCCAGAAAAAAUGGAGUACACUAUGCUAAACAAUAACCUUCCAAAUUAUAACGUUGAUUAUGUGGAUUCCGAAUGGAGCAAAGAUGAUGGAGACAGAGUUGAUGCCCUGACAAAUGACAUGACCUUAGUUUCCACCUUUCCCCCCCCAGAUAUAAAUCUAAUAAACGCAAGCUAUCACAGAAAAGUGGCUGACAGUGGAGGUCAAAAUAUAAAUACGAUGAAUGAGCAACACGCCCCCAAUGUGAGCUACCCCACUAGUGCCAGCUAUAUCGGCAAUUCCAACUAUUAUGGUAACAAUGCCGAUUACUAUGAAAACAACAACGACUACUACGACGGCACUGCCAACUACUACAACAGUAACGACAAUAUGGAUAACAGAGACAUUUCCAUUGACAACAAUUUAAUUAAUAACAAAAUUAAUAGUAGUAAGUUUUUGCAGAGCCUGAACAGUGCAGUGAUUAUAUCCCCCUCCAUAGCCCUUUUUCAAAUCCAACCCGGUUUAAAAAGCCUAGUUACUAUAGCGUUUUAUCAAGCCAUUAGGGAAAUCAUCGCAGCUAUAUUAGACCGAUCUGUAGCUAUAUCCUGCAUUACAACGAGAGAAAUUGUGUGCAAAGAUUUCUGCCUAGAAAAAGAUGAAACCUUAAUUCGGAAAGCGGCCCAUAUUAUGAUUUCAUCGCUAGCUGGUUCGUUAGCCUUAGUUACGUGUAAGGAACCUCUGCGUAUUUCUCUAACGCACCAUUUAAGACACUGGCUAGAAAAAACAAGCACGAAAGAUUGCAACGACCAGGUGUUAAUUGAACAAGUGGUUCAAAUUCUAUCUGCAGAUAACCUAGAAUUAGGUUGCAGUUUGGUCGAACAAGCAGUCAUUGAAAAAGCUAUUAAAGACAUUAAUGAAGCGUUGGAACCUACCCUUUUAUCCAGACAAGUAGCCAAAGAAAACAGAAUCGCUCUUAAUGAUCCCAUUCAUCUUAUGAACACGAAAAGAAUGCAACUAGAAAUGGCCCACCAUCUAAAGUUGGGAUCGCCUGUGACGAAUAAUCAGCUCCAAAUAUAUAAAGAUUUCCUAAACAUAGCCCCGCUGAAAAAAUUACAUGCCGCUGCGAAAGCGCUGACUAAAAUAUACACAAAAGUAAACGACGUGAAUGUAGACAAUAAUCAACAAGGAGGUGGUACCCUCAUGCAUGCCCUGUUCGCAAAUUCGAACUUACAGAAGAAGGAAGAAAAAAUGGACUAUCCGAAAAAUAUGAACGAAGAUAAGAGAACAGUUAAUGAACCCCCAAUUGGGAUGCCAAAAGGUGACCCCACGGUAACCAGAAACACCAACACGGAUUACAGUACAAAUGGUGGUAUAAAGACUGAGCAAAGUGUAAACAUCGAAAAACGGAACGCGAAUGAAAAUACCACCCCCCAAUGUAAUUCACCAUCUGCAUCGGCCUUAGCCACAAAUCCGCAGCUGCAUAAAAUUCUGAACAAAUUAGAACUUGCGACUAACCAACUGAAAGAUGCCGUUAAGGACAUCCUCAUUUUACCCCCCAUAUUGUUUAACAUAAAUAAGGAGAAGCCUUGCGAAAAUAUUAACAAAAUAAGUCUUCACAUAUUGUAUAGUCUAUCCGUGGAUGGAAGCAUAUUUAACCUAAUUAAAUCCAUCCCAGAAAUAGCAUCGUUAACACAACAUAAGGACGAGACAAUCAUUUCAUACUCGAACAGAAUUUAUAAAUUCCUUUUUGAGAUUAUCCCCCCGAACAGUAACAAAACCCCUUGGGUGUAUCGAUCCAAUGACCCGUCUGGCAUAUACUUGGAAGUAUUUCUCUGCAUCCUGGAAAAGCUAAAAAAGAAAUGCCCCCCGUUAAAGGAACACAUAACGAAUAUUAUAAUGUCCGAUCAUUCUACUGCCCCCUCGAAUGAGAACUCACCAAGUUGUGGUAAGUCCCCUUUUUCCGCAUCCAACUUGGUGACGGAGAAAGAAUCAGACGAUGUAACAAAACUGGGAAGCGAAUUCUCCUCCCCCACGAAUAGCAACUCAAAUAAAGGGGGCCACCAAAGUAAGGACGAGUCAGAAGCAAAGUCUCACCAUAAUGGAAUGCACAAACUGAAUGCAAAUGUGAUAGCUGGCUUCAUAAGAUACAACCUGGUCGACAUGCAGAAAUAUAAAAAUUACCUUGUAAGACAACUCAGCACCGACAUGUAUAACAUCAAUGCCAAUGCAGAAUUUGUCAUCCUACUGUUGAGAAAUAUUUUAAUCGACUUUCAAAUUUUCAGAUACAAGGAUUUUGAAAAUAUAUUUAUCAUUUUAAAUAACCUGAAGGAGCAAAACAUUCUGUCCAACAAAAUUAUUUUUUUCAACGACUCCCCCCCAAUUGAUAUUAACGUCGCCAUCGAAAUGUUAACUCAAGAGGCUAAAAAGAUUCAGGGAAAAAAAGGUGCCGUCAUUUUUUCAGACCUGUUACACGUUUAUGAGGAAUAUUUAAAAAGCGAUGAUGAGAAUGAUGAACAUGACGAGGAGCAGAAUCAAAACGUGCCUAGGGGUGUCAACACAGAUCAAAUGAUGCUACCAAUGGGUAUGGAUAGGAGUGUCACCGAUGCGGAGGGUAAAAAGGGACAAGUAGAAAAUGGUAUAAAUUCACAACUCGCGCAGGGAGAGCGUGGGGCAAAGCGGGAGGAUGACCUGUAUUACUCAAAUGAGACACCAAACGGAAGAGAAGCGGAACAAAACACAUUCGAAUUGAAAUGCACAAGGACAAAUAACAACUCUCAUCUGAACGAAAUAAAAAAAAGCGAGUUGCUGAAAAACCCACUGGAAUAUUUUAAAAGGGACUAUAACCAGUUAAGUGAAGACCUUUUAAGCACCAUAAUUGAUGAUCAUCAUUUCGAUCAAAUUCAAGAUGAACUAAAAAGCGUCGACAACUUUGGUCUCCUAGACAUGGAAGGCGUCAAAAUGCACACCGGUGAAGAUGUGCAUCUGCGCGAGAAAGGCGAGAAGACCAAGUCUGCCCUCAGUACGCGCACCAGCACCAACAAUAAGAGCAACGUGCACACUAUUGCGAUAAGUAAAACGAACCAGGGAAACAGAUCAAAUGCACUGCUUUGCCAGUCCAAGCGACAGACAAAAAGGGAAUAUAGGAAAAAUCUAAAAAUUUUAAUGAACCCAGAAUACAUAACCACCCUCACGCAGAUAAUCGAUUUCUGCCUGAACACGGACUGGAAUAUACUGCAAAAAAGAAAAAAUAAAAAAUAUUUCAAAGACAAAGGGGUGGGAGGUAUAAGGAUAGUUCCCAAACCGCAGAAGAUUCCAAAACAACAUGAACAGAUCAUAAGUAUAUUUUUCUUCCAGUGGAUAAAAUUAAUUAAUCUUAAGAAUGUGGAUAACCCUAACCAGAGUUAUGUUAAAUUUUUCCAAAACAUAUCCAACCAAGGAUUGCUACGAAUUGAUAACAACACCGAUAAUUUUUUUGCCGUGUGUAUUUAUAAAGCUGUGGAAGGAGGGACCUGUAUUAGCACCAUCAACGUGUUAGAUAAUGCUAACCGAUCAAAUGGAAACAAUGAGUCGGAUUAUCUAGACGCUACAAAUUGUGCGCAGCAAAACAAUGACAAUUCGCUAACAUCACAGAGAAGGGAAUUCCCAAAUGGAGGAAGCCAUCCCAUCCAGGGGGGCCCACAAAAGGGGACAAUAAUAAACCGAAAGGAGUAUGCCUCCCCAAUGGAGAAACUAAAACCCAAAAAUGCAGAAGAGGGCACACAACAGUUUGACAAAAAUGGCAGACAAGAAGAACAAACAACUAGCGACGAAAAAAAUAACAGCAGCAGCAAAUGUUCCCAAGUUUCUGAUGACAAUUAUUCCUACACAGAAUCAACAAACUUAACCUUCUAUUCCAAUAUUUCCAAUUAUGGGCAGUCUUUUUCAGAUGACGAAGAAGAAUUCUUCCUUGACCCUUUAUCAAAAAAGCAGAGAAUGGCAAAACAAAUGCAGUUAAAAAAAAACGAAAUGUUGAGGAACUUAUCUUCUGCCAUUAAUGGAUCCACUGAUGUCGACUUUGUGCCAAACUCUGAAAAAGAAUUUAACAAAUCGGACACCCAUUUUGAGAUGAGGAGGAGGAACAAUGAUGGUAGUGAAAAUUUAAUGGCUUCCCAUUUGGAGGACGGUUAUAAGGACGGAAGUCAGGUCGAAUCGGACAGGGAAGACGAAACGGAGGAAGUGGAGGAUGAAAUGGAUGAGGUGUUAUACGAUGAUGAUGAGUAUGAUGAAGUGGAAGAGGAGGAAGCACAACUGGAUGAGUUCGAAGCGGACGAUAUGGAAGAUGACGAAAACGACGAGGAAGAGGAGAUUGAAGAUGACGAAGAUGAUCAGGAUGACGGUGAGGAGGACGAUGUGGUGGUGCUGAACGACGAAGAAGGAGAAACGCAAAUUGAGAGCGAUGAGGAAGACGAAACGGAUACUGAGGAGGAAGACGCAGACGGAACGGACGAGGAGGACGCAACGCAGGUCGAGGAUGGUGACCACGGAAGUGAUUGUUACGAGAUGGAAGAAGAAGAGCAGCAACAGUGGGAGCAGUUAGAGGAGGACAAAGAAGAAGCCGACGUGGUAGAAACCAGUUCGGAUGAAGCCGAUGUGGAAGAUACCCACAAUAAUGACGAAAGCGACGAUGAGGACGUCUACCACUACCACUGCGAUCUGCGGAACGGCUACGCCUGCGUAGAGCCUGUCAGAAUGGAAGGAAAUUCCCAAUUGGACGAUGCGAUUGACACUCUGUCUCUCGAUGGCCUGGCGAAAAUGAUCAUCUGCAUGAUGAAGCUAGUCGAUACGCAACAAAUUUCGCCAUUCAUCCUGUUUCAAAAAGUGAUGAACGUAUUUUGUAGAAUUGUAGUGAGGGAGUCGAGAAGGAAUAAAAAAAACUUCAACCAAAGACCAUACUUUCGCCUCUUUCUAUCUAUCCUAGUCGAAAUAAAUAAAAACGAGAAAUACUUUGAGCAGUCCUACAAUAAGUUAAUCCUAGCCCUGGGAUAUUAUUUAUGUAUUCUGAACCCAUUACGUGUACCCACAUUUGUCUUCGCCUGGCUAGAACUGAUUAGCCACAAAUUAUUUCUACCAAAAAUAUUGAAAACGUCAAAAGGAUGGUGUAUAUAUAAUAAGUUACUAAUUUACCUGUUAGAAUUUCUGUACGUGUUUCUAAAGAAUGCCUAUCUCACCCCCCCCAUAAAAAUACUCUACAGAGCGACACUGAGAAUGCUGCUAAUUUUGCUGCACGAUUUUCCAGAAUUCCUUUGUGUAUACAAUUUCUCCUUCUGUAACUCCAUCCCGUUAAAUUGUGUCCAGUUACGAAACCUUGUUUUGUCCGCCUUCCCAAGGAAUCUUAAACUGCCGCAUCCGUUUUAUCCAAAUUUGAAAGUGGACCUCCUACCAGAAAUGAAAAUAGUCCCAGUUAUCCUAAACAACUUUACAUUUAUCCUAAUCGACUAUAACAUAAAGAAGUACAUCGAUGAUUAUUUCGUCACCAGAAAUGUAACUUGCUUAAAGAAAAUUCAUAAAAAAUUACUUGUAAAAAAUAAAAUGAAAGCUUUAUAUUUGAAAACCAAGUACAAUAUAGCCUUGAUAAAUGCCCUAGUGUUAUAUAUUGGUAUGUCCCUUCCUUCUCAAAUUUUAAUGAUUGAUAAGGUAUCGGAGUCCCAUCCUGCACUGGAAAUAAUCCUACACCUCACCUAUACGUUAGACAUGGAAGGGAGAUAUUAUUUGCUCUCCUCCAUCGCCAACCAUUUGAGAUACCCCAAUGCACACACGCACUACUUUUCUUGUCUCCUCCUCUGGAUUUUUAACAUUUCAAAAAUGGAAAUUGUAAAUGAACAAAUUACGGGCAUUUUGCUAGAGAGACUAAUAGUGCAUAGACCUCACCCUUGGGGAUUACUCAUUACCUUCAUUGAGCUUAUUAAAAAUCCCAUCUUUAAAUUCUGGCAGUGUUCCUUUGUGCAUGUUAACCCGGAGGUGGAAAAAUUGUUUCAAUCCAUAGCACACUCCUGUUUGGUCAACCAAAUGGAGCACUUCAGCGGAGUGAACGGAAUUAACGGUAUCAACGGGGUCAACACGAUUCGAGCAGAUGACCCAUUUAACGGCCCCAAUCAGGGCACCACACACGCAAACAUACACAUAACGGGUGAUGUGAACCCCAUAAAUGCGAGGAAUUUCCCACCCUCUAACGACAGGAUCAACGCCAACUUGAAAAGGUUUACCCUACCAAAUGAGCCUCAUUCGAAUAAAAUCAUGUUCAAUGCACAGCAUAACCAAGGCAGCAGUACUACCAGCAGCAUCACAAAUAGAUACACCCAAAAAAAUGAACACACUGUAAAUGGAAAUAUUGGCAUAAAUAACCACUUCGCCCAUUCCAGUAAUGAUGACCUUUUCAGGAAAGCAAUGAGUGGCGACCACCUAAAUGGCUACACAACAAAAGGUAACGUCUACCCCAGUGCGUUUGAACAACCCCCUAGAGUUCAUCCCAAUAUGUUAAGAAGUUACAUCAAUUACAAUGACACCAAUGCAGUCGAUACGGAGAAUUGUAGCAUCCCCAAUAAUCGCGUCGUUCAGGGAAACCAUUCCUUCAGUGGGUAUUCCAUCCCUCCUUACGUAGUUGCAGAAAGUAACGCCCGCAAUGAUUUUUACCACCCCCAAAAUUUACAACACUUGCUUGGGAAAAGUCAUAAAAUAGUGGAUAUUAAUGGUCAGAGCGAUUUCGCAGAAAUGCAAAGGGGAUUUCCCAAUGGCAGUCUUAGUACCAAUGAGGGUGCAAGGAAUGCACCCCUCGUUAGAGGUAUCCAUGCAGUCAUGGGAGGUGGUACAAAUUUGGGGCUCCAUGCGAACUUCCACCCGAGCCGAAACCUCAUCAGCAACAACAUGAGUCUUAAUUCGCACAACCACAACCUGGAUAAUUUAAUUAAUCUGACAAACUACGACAUGAAAAACGUUAGCAGUAAUGUAAACCACGGCGGGAACUGA